UUUUCAGCCGAAAAACAAAACAUUCGUGGGUGGUGUGGAGUUAUUCAAUCUAAGGCUGACGUUACUCGGGUCCACUGGAGUGGCUUCGCUCACUGUACCGCAUAACGCGACAGCUUUACCCGGGGUUUGGCAAGAUGCUGAGCGCCGCCGCUGCGGAGAGGAACAAGGAGCCCAUCCUGGCGGUGCUCCGGGAGAGCGUGAACACCGGGAGACCCCUGCAGGCUCUGGAGAUCUCCUCCGGGACCGGCCAGCAUGUCACACACUUCGCUCAGGCCCUGCGGAAUAUCAUCUGGCAGCCGUCAGAGUAUGACCGCCAGUCUCUAGCCAGUAUAGAAGCGUACAGAGCCCACUACCAGCUGCACAAUGUGAGGCCUGCCAUCCACCUGGAUGCUUCUCUGCCCCAUCAGUACUGGGGAGGAAUCCAGCCAGAGAGCCUCGACCUGGUAGUCAACAUCAACAUGAUCCACAUUUCUCCGAUUGCCUGCACAGAGGGUUUAUUCAGAGGGGCUGGAGCGGUGCUGAAGCCGCAAGGUCUCCUAUUGACAUACGGGCCCUAUGCAGUGAAUGGACAGAUCGCCCCUCAGAGUAACGUUGACUUUGACUACAGCCUACGGCAGAGGAACCCAGAGUGGGGACUCAGGGACAUCUCCCUCCUCAGUUCAGCAGCACAAAGAAAUGGUUUGUUCCUGGAGAAGAUUGUGGACAUGCCAGCAAACAACAAGUGUCUUCUGUUCAGGAAGGAGAGUUUGGUGUGAAGUAUCCUGUUGUUCCGGAGCGGGAUGGUCCAAACGCCUUAACUUACACCUGGAACUCAAAUACAUUGCCAAAUUUUCCAGAACUGUUAAUGAAUCGUCUCCCCAUAGUCUAACACAUACUGACAAUAGAUGAGAGUCUUUAAUGAGAACAGAAAUAAUGUAAUCUCUUAUACACUGUAUUCUUCUGUAUUGCACAGUUGAGUAAAGUUGAUCAGGCUCACGUAUUUGGUGUUGUGUGUACUGUGUUUACCUUGAUACCGCCAACCUGCUCUUUUUAUUUCUUCAUUCAGUUUGCAGACUGUCAGUAAAACUUAAGUUAGCAGAAGUGCUUCGCAGAGGGAGAUAUGCGAGAGACAAUGCGCUGUACAUUAGAGCUUGAAAUCAGACAUAACAACACAAGGAAACCUAUAUAAAACACCUAUGUAAAUGUCUAAUAUAUAAAGAGCCCAAUACAAAGUAAACACAAUACAAUAAAACAGAAAAAAGACAUAAUAUACUGCAGGUGUCUAUAUCUUCAGCAUCACAAGCUAGGCAUUUGUUCAGCCUGUGUGGCUGCUACCCCGGCUACUAUCUUAUGUUUCUGUAUACAAGCAUACAGAAGACGUCAAAACAAAAAAUAUCUAUAUUGAAACUUAUUUAAAAAGAGCAUUUCAGCACUGAUAUUACUGGACGCAACACGUGGAAUGUUGUACAACCUGUGUUGUCAUGAAUAAACCUAUA